AUGAGAAUUGAAGAUACUAGCUAUGGCAAUAGCAAGCACCUUGGAUCAAUCUACAACCGCCUACAAGCCCUUGAAGGAUCAUCUCACUCCAAGUACAAGAGAGAGAGAGGAGUCCAACACCCAACCUCCCUCCCUUCCAUUGCAAUGCCAUCACAAGAAGAGGCAACAAUCACCAAGUCCAUGAGGACAAUGAAGAAGAAGAAAGAGAUGAUGCAAAGACCAUCACCAUCUACUGAAGAAGAAGACACUUGGCACUAUGAUCCCAUUGAUCCAAACAAGAUAAGCCCCAUGAAGCUUAAAGAGUUCAAUGCUAAGAAGGCACGAUUUCCCAUGGCCCCUCAUGCAGUCAAUCAACCAUCAUCUCCACCAUCCACACCACCACCUGAAUGGUAUGUCAAUUCCAUAUCAAGAGAGAAGCUUGCUGAGUUCAAUCAGUUUGUCCAAACUCUUCCAGCCAGCAUGUCAUUCCAACAAGCUUGGCGCCACUACCCAUUCACCACCUUCUUCCACAACUGCAGAGAGACACCUCAGGACAUCAAAGAGCUUUUUGAGAAAGCUAAAGUUCAGCCUACCUUCAAAUAA